AUGUCAUUACUAGAACAAUUAGCAGGAUAUGAAGAUGUUGAAUUUUCUUAAAUUUCAAUAAGUGAAGAAGAUUUAAAUAACAAAAAAAUUUAUUUAUUCCAAGUACCUGCAGAUUUUAAUAUUUAAAAACUUGAUGGGAUCUAGUUGGAUUUAAAAAGCGAGGAAGACUAAGAGUUAGCCCAAAAAGAGAGUGAGUCAAUAGUCAUUUCUAAGCAUGAUAAAGAAACUCAAAAAUAUAUGAAAAAAUAAAUUUUGCCUUUGUUCCCAGUCAAAAAGAGCAAAGAAUUGUUGAUAAAUAAAAAAUUCGCUGGUUUCUUCAAAAUUUAUAAGAAAUUCACUUUCCCUAAUAUUUCUAAAAAGGCUAUCCGCAAAACUAAACCUAUUACAAUGAAAAAAGAAAAUUAAGGAGACGAAUCAGAUUGA